UUAGCGUGUUAGAGAGUGUGCAGCUUCACUCCUGAGACAAACUUGUGUGGAUGGAGCAAGACAUCUUUCUCCGUCCAUCCCUCACAUACCAAGUCAGACUGACUUUGCUAUCAUUCACCGACUCUUUAUUUUGUCCUUGUAUCUGGAGUGACGGACUGAGAGGAAAAAAGAAGCAGGUUGUUUAGACUCGGAGGAAGAGAGUGAGGCUGCCCGAAACAGGACAUCACCAGAAACCAGAUCAAGAUCCAGCGGAGACAGCCAUCAUGUGUGACUGUUUUCACCUGGCAUUUCCCAACUGGCAUGCGUCAGCCACGGGUGAAGGGCGAAGGCUGAAGGGACCAGAACCAGACACAGAUGAUGAUUUAGCAUGUGAGGAGCCUGAAGUUUUAGAGGAGGAAAGACCUCGUCCUCAGGGUUCCUCUCCUGUUGAGGAAUUCCCCACCACAGAAAAAUACGAAAAACAGGCUGAAGGUGACUUCUAUGACUCACCCACCAAGAGUUCCAAAAAAAGCAAAAGGAUUGGUUUUGGCUCACUGUUUGACAAGCGUUCCUCUGCCAAGAUGAAUCAAACAGAGGACAUGCAAAACGAUCAGUCAGAAAUAGUGAAAACUGAAAAAGAAGUCUGUGCUGAGGGUUUGGUUGUAAGUGGAGGGGGAAAGGAUGGCAUCUUCAUCAAGGAAGUAAAGCCAGAGUCACCUGCCUCAAAGAAUCUAAGUGUGAAAGAAGGUGAUCAGAUUCUUAGUGCUACAGUAUACUUUGAUAAUGUGUCAUAUGAGGACGCCCUCCAGAUUCUUGAGCAUGCUCAACCAUAUAAAGUGGCAUUCUGUCUAAAACGCAAACCACCUCCAAGAACCCAGGAAGAUGCUGAGACAAUGAGGCCAGAUAUAACCAUUGGUGAGGAGGCUGAACGAGAAGAGGAAGGAGGAGGACCAGAAAUGAGAGGUCGAAGAAAGAUAAAAAAACAACAUGAUCGCAUCUCUUGGCCCAAAUUCCCCACCUUCAGCAAAGGUCGCAGGGCAAAUUUUAAGAGAUCUCACAGCACAUCAGAAGCAGAAGAACAGAGAAAAUUAGAGAUAAGUCCUCCAACAAGUGACACAGAAUCUCCCAUUAAGUCUCCAUUAAAAUCACCAGAUGAAAAAGAGAAGAAAAAGACACACAAGAUGAAACUUAAGAUGAAGAUGGCAGACUGUAGGAGCAAGUCUGUUGAAGAAAUCCAAGAAAAUGAAGAGGUACCAACAACAGACAAUAUGGAGGUCUUGGACAACCAAAUUAUUAUGAAUAUAGCCGUAGAGCAAGUGCCAGGGAUUAAUGUGUUAGAGAGUCCUAAAAUCUUGAAUGAAGCUGAAAAUACUGACUCAGCUAAGACAAGGAAUGAAUAUACAUUCCCGACUUUGCCAGCGACUGAAUCGCUACAUGAGGUUAAGCUCAUCAGUUUGGACACUACUUUAAAGACUACUGAUAUUACAGUUGCUCUUGGAGAGGAUGACAAAGAAAGGAGAGAGAGAUCAGAACUGAAGGAGUGCAUUCCAGGAAAGGAUAAAUAUGAGACAGAAACAGAGAGCCAAUUAAAAUCCUCCACAAGUGGGAUGCGAACUUCGGAUACAUCACCAUUCGACAAUAUUAUGGACAGUCCUAAUGUAAUAUCACAAAUUGAAGCAGUUGGACAUCAAGUUGAUUCUGAUAGCAAACCAAUAAAUAAAGAGAUUGCAGAGAAGACCCAAAAGUCAGGAGAAAUGGACAUGGAUAUAACUAAAGUUGAUGUUUCUCUUGACAUGCCAGAUGUAGGACCAAUAAGCAAAUCACCAAGAAUUGGUAUCGACAAGGAAAAGAAAGAAAGAAACAUCCUAGAAACAGAAAGUUAUGGGAUUCGAACCAGGGGACCAAUGGCAGACAUAGCCGCAUCAAAGAGCCCUUUUGCAUCAUCAGACACUUUCACUUUUGAGAUUCAAACAAAACAAGAUGUGUCCUUAACGGUCAUGGACACAAAGAAACCAAUCACGUCAACACCAGUUAUAUCCCAGCCAAAAUCACAUGCUCUGGAAGUGGACAAAAGUGGGAAGAGUACUAAGGUUGCUGACACCGAAGUAAUAAAAAAAGCAAAUUUGGAAUCAGAUUUUAAACUACCUAAGAUGGAUCUCUCUGGAUUCAACCACGAAGACUCAAUAACUAUAAGGCAAAGAGACCCCAACAAAGUGCCUCUCCUUAAACGAGAGGAAAUUGAGAUUCCUGGCAUGGAGGACAAAGGAUCAAAAACUAAGUUUAAGUCUCCUAGAAUUAAAGAACAAAAAAUUGAGAAGAUAAUAAAUAUCUCAAAAGCAGAGAAACGCCAAGCAGUGUUUAAUGUUCAGGAUGUAAAGGAAGCAGUAUCAAAAUUCCCUGCCUUUAAAUUACCUGAGAGAGACAUCACAGGAGUCCUUGUACAAAGAGAGAUCACAAUAAAAUCAGACAAGACUGGCAUGACACCUAAAGGAUCCCCUAGUAAACUUUCGAGCAUUAGCACAGAAAUAAGCAUUAAGUUACCUGACACAAUGGAUAAAGAAGAACAGAGACUUUCUCCUGUUGCUACAAAGGAUCAAGGCAUCUUAUUACCUAAAAGUGAACAAUUUCAUCUUUAUGAAACAAGUGUAACCGAGAGCAAAACAGACCAAACAAAAAUCAAGCCAACAGACCACAAACCCAAAUCUGGCAAAAUGUUAGUGAGGGAUACGACAGGUACUUCCCCAGAUGUAAAAUUCAAACUUCCAAAGCGUGAAGACAUUGAAAUACCCGGAAUGGAAGCCAUUGAACAAUCAGUUCAAUUGCUAAAAAUCAAAGUAGCCAAAGAUACAGACACACAAGAUGAGGCUGUGAAAGACUAUACUGAUACUGAUAUCAAAGCUGACAGAAAAGGACAUGAAAAGAAAUCAAAGAAAGCAAAGAUAUCUAUGCCUAGUUUUGGGAUCAAGACACCUGACAUUCGCUUCCCAGGUAUCACGAUUGAAUUACCAAAAAAGGAUACAUCAUCUAAAAGUGAUCGUGAUGCAAUCAAGGAGAUGAAAACUGAAGCAAAAAUAUCUAUUGAUGAAGACCAUGUAGCCAUCAAAAAAUCUUCUGAAGAAGCAACAUUCGAAAAAUCUCAAAAAGGUGAAAGUUGUGCACUUGACCAUGAAACUAAACAAGCAUAUGAUAUAGAGGGUGAUCAAAUGCACCAUCAUGAUGUUUGCACUGGCAUUAAGGAAACCUCAAAACAAGACGUUGAAGGAGAACCAAAGGUUGAAAUCAAAAGCAAAAGCAAAGACACAGAUUCCUCUCCACAUAAAAAGAAGAUGCCUAAAUUCAAAAUGCCCAAAAUUGGAGGGAAAUCAAUGAAAGGAACAACUGAAGUCACUACAAAAGAGGAUGCUACAGUGGAAGAAGAUUACAUAAUAGAGAUUGCAUUAAAUUCUGAGAAAAGAACAUCUGAGACUGAUCCCAAAGCAUAUAGUUCAGAAACAGACACAAAUUUGAAUAAAUUAAAAAUGCCAAGCAUAGAUGUUUCUGUUCCAAAAAUAAAAAUCCCCAAGACAGAGGGAAAAUCAAAGCAGGAGGAAACUGCGCUCUCGACACCUGAAAGGGUUGGGAAAGUUGACAAGAAGGUUGAGGCUGCAGAGGAUACUCGAGAAGAGAGUGGAUUUAGACUGAUCAAUUUUGGUGUCUCAUUGCCAAAAGAGAAAACAGAAGAAGCUGGGUUGUUACCAGAGGAAUCUAAAAAAUCUAUCAUAAAGGUUAGUGGAAAAACUGAAGUGGAGCCAUCUGAACUACCACAAGGUGAAAUAAAAGAAACAGAGUCUAAAAUGAAGAAAAGGAAAAUAUCAUUUCCCAAAUUUGGAUUCUCUAAAUCAGAGACAAAAGUAUCUGAUGCUGACAUAACUCUUCCAACUGCACAGGGCUCUUCACAAGGUGCAGAUGAGAUAGAACUAGAUGUUGAAAGUAAGACCACAGACGUUGAAGCUGAGUUCAAGGAUUCAACAGAUUCUCACACAAAAUUUAGACUUCCCACAAUUAAACUUCCCAAAUUUGGAGUUUCAUUUCCAAAGACAACCGAUGUUGGGGCUGAUAUUCAAAUGCCUGAAGUCAUCACAGAUGAAACUACAAAGGAUGUUAAAUUGCCAGAAGCUAAAUUAUCUGUAGAAUCUACAGCUCUAUCUGACAAAAAAGGCCUGAAGAUGACUCUCAGUGCAUCCAAACCUGAAGUUGACUUGUCUCUACCUGAGGGAAAAACAGAAAUCAAAGGUAUUUGUAUUCCAAAAGUUGAUGAUUUUCAGAAAAAAGAAAUAAAAUCAUCUAAAGAUAUUUCAUUUUCUAAACCAGAGGUUGAUCCUAGUCUGAAUGACCAUGAUAUCGAAGAAUUUCCAGCUGUUGAGUUUUCAAAACCAGACAUCAAAGCUGCAGACAUUGAUGUCAGUCUUCCGCAGGUUGAUUUAUCCAUUCCAGAAGUUUCUUCGGAUUUAAAAGAGAUGGAAAUGAAUUUCACAGUUUCAAAGGAUGAUGCAGAACAUAAAGAUCUAACAACUGCUGGUACACCAGUAAAGUUUAAAUUCCCCUCUAUCAACUUACCAAAAUUUGGUGGGAAAUCAUCCAAGGUAGUGAAAGACAUGCCCUUUGUAGAUAUAGAUAUUGAAGAAUCUGAUGUAAGCCUUCCAGAAACACAAAUAAGCAUGGAACUCAAAGAUGGUGCCCCAUCAGGUGAUGUCAAGGAUUAUUUUGUGACUACAGAAGGUCAAUGUGUUAGUGUAGACAAGGAGGUUACAGUUACACUGCCAGAAUAUGGCAUUAGCCUUCCGAAGGUUGAAGCCUGUAAGCCAGCCGAUAGUAUUGACAAAGAAGAAUCAAUUAUAGACACCAAAAAAUUAAAUGCAGAGUCUGACCAGGCUGAGAAAGGUCCAAGAUCUCCAACAAAAAGUACACUUCCCACAAUUCAAUUUGGUGUCUUAUUUCCAAAACCAACAGAUGCAGUCUUUGACAAUCAAAUGCAUGAAGUCACCACAGAUGAACCCACCAUGGAAAUAAAAGUGCCAGAAGCCAAACUGACUGGAGAACUGCCAUCAUUAACUGAAAUGAAAACCCCACAAAUUAUUUCCAGUGUUUCAAAACCUGAAGUGGAUGUAUCUACACCAGAGGUAGAAAAGGGUUUUGAUGCACAGAAAAAAGAAAAGAUAUUGUCUCCAAACCAUGCAUUUUCUAAACCAGAGGUUAACGUGAGCCUUGUAGGUCAUGGUCUUGAUCAAGAAGCAACUAUAGAAGAUUCGAAAGUGCAAGCCGAGAAACUUGAGAUGGGAGUCAAAGUUCCUUCAGGAACAGUAGAUGUAGUCAUCCCAGAGGGUAAAGAAAAAGAAAAACUUAAAAAACGUAAAAUUUCGUUUCCAAAAUUUGGCUUUUCCAAAUCUGACACUAAGAUCCCUGAUGCUAACACCAGUCUUCAAAAAGAAGGAGUAUCUGUGCCAGACACUGAGAUCAAAGAGACUGAGGUGACGAUUCCUGCUCCAGAGGUUGAAGUCCAGUUGAAAAACAAAAGUGCUUCUCCAUCUGGUUCUCCAUCUAAAUUCAAGCUUCCAACAAUUUCUCUCCCUAAAUAUGACAUUUCUAUUUCAAAGACUGCAGAAGAAUCUAUUGCAAAAGCUGGUGGUGAUGCACAGUCAGAAAUAAAGGCAACAUCAACAGUUGCAUCACAAGAUAAAGAUAUAGAACCAUCAAAAUCAAUUUUUGAAACCCUACCGGUAGAUGCUGAAAUUAAGAUUCAAGACACCGAUCAUGAAGGUCAAGGGAGUAGAUUUAUGAUGCCCAAAUUUGAAUUUUCAUUUCCAAAGCUAAAGGGACCAGAAUUUAAAAAGGGCGCACCAGAGGCUACACUGAAACAUGACAUUGAGAGUGCUGAGGGAAAAGCAGACAUACCCGAGGCUUCUUUGAAAAUGGAGGUAAUGAUGAAAAAGCCAAAAGAGCCAAGCUCAGAGCAUGCAUUUUCUAAACAAGAGAUUAAAGAUCCAGAGAGUCAUGUUGAGAGAGGGGAUCUACCAUCUAUGGCAGUUGGUGAAGUGGAUGUGAAUCUUGAGUCUGACUUAAGAGAUGAUUCAACCACUGGAGGGUCACCAUUCAAAUUCAAACUUCCUUCUUUCAAGCUACCCAAAUUCGGAAGUUCAUCUUCCAAAGUAAAAUCUGAAAUAACAGAUUUGAGGGGGGAGGAAAUUACUUUGGAGGCUGAAGAUAUAUUUACAUCAGUAGAAGUGUCAGAUGUAAAAAUUGACUUUAAUGUGCCCAGUCAAGAGCUGAAGAAACCCUCAAUAAGUGUUGAUCAGCCAAAGCUAGAUACUGGAGAUCAAUACACCCUGUCACUUACAGAGGCCAUAACAUCAAAGGCAGAAGUUGAUAUUUCUUUACCAGAGACAAAACCCAGGGAACUGUCAGCUGGAGCUGAAGUACCACAAGCUAAAACAGAAAGCAAAAAAGAUCAAGAAGUUGAUUUAAAAGACCCAGGUAUAAAAAUGAAAAGAACAGGCUUUUCAUUUCCUAAAUUCGGAUUUUCCAAACCCGAUAUCAAGACCCCAGAGACUGAUGUCAAGCUUGCACAAGUUGUUACAUCUGAACCAGAAGGUGAUGUGAAAAUAAAAGAACAAAGUAUGAACAUCACAGUGUUAAAUUUUGAGGCUCAGCAAAAAGAUACGACAACUUUUGGUGCCACAACAACAUUUAAACUCCCCUCAAUCAACAUCCCAAAGACUGGAGGACAAGCUAUGAAGGAAGAGAAAUCUAUGCCAGAUGUAGGUAUAGCUGUUAAAGAACCUGAAAUGAGCGGUCCAUAUACACAAAUAAAAAUACCAUCAGCUGAUAUAAAGGGACCUCAUCUAGCCACAGAGGGUCAAUCUGUAAGUGUGGACUUAAAGGUUGAAAAUGCUGAACUUGGAGGACUUGGGGGAGAGCUGAAGAUGCCAAAGUUGGGUAUUGACCUUCCUAAAGUAAAAGGGUUUGAUUUAAGUGCAUCAAAGACAGAGGAAAUAGCUGAAGUACAGGAAAUCGAUCUUAAAAAAACAGAGAUAAAAACCGAGGGGAAAAUUCACCCACCAGAACAUGAUUUUAAAGGCCUAGAUGUACAGAUAAAGACAUUACCUGAAUUUGGGGUUUCAAAAGCAGAAAUAAAAGCCCCUGAGGUUGAUGUAAGUAUCCAAAAAACUGAUAUCCCCAUAUCAGAAGGCAGUAUGGGCCUAGAAGAAGCAAAAACGGACAUUGAAGUGUCAAUGGAGCCUGAUCAAAAGGGUUCAACAUUUUUUGGAUCUCCAACCAAGUUUAGACUCCCUUCUUUCAGCUUCCCGAAAUUUGGUGUUAAAUCACAAAAAGGAGCAUUAGACAUUAAUGUAACUGAUUCAGAACUAGAGGAAACAAAUAUAAAAAGUGAUAUUUCUAAACCUGACGUCAAACUAAAAGUACAGCCACCCAAAAAUGAAUCUGAAGUUGAAAAGAGUGCAGACAUGCCUGAGGUUGAUUCCAAAGGACUGCAAGUAAAAGCGAAGAGACCAAGUUUUUCAUUUCCUAAGUUUGGAUUUUCCAAACCAAACACUGCAACUCCAGAAGUUGAUGUCAGUGUAGAAAAAGUUGAAGUAUCCAUACCAGAGGGUAAUGUACCUGUAAAAGAACAAAUAACAGAAGUUACAUUUCCAGGAAGGGAAGCUGAACAGAAAGAUCUAACAAUUGUUAGUUCCCCAACCAAAUAUAAACUGACAGAAGUUAACCUGCCAAAAUUUGGAGUCAAAACUUCAAAAGGUACAGUAAGUUUACCAUCAGCAGAUAAGGACAUUAAAGGAAUAGAAAUUACUGGUCAUGAACCUGACAUCAAGGUGUCAGGAAAAAUACCAAAAAUUGAAAGAGAGGCAGAUAUACAUGCCACAAUAAGAGAAACUGAUGUUCAUCUAGCAGAAGGUAAGGUAAUACUACCCCAACCUGAUGUUGACGUUCAAGACAUAUCCAUUGAAGGCGAGGCAGAUAUACCUGAAGUUGACUUGAAAGGGCUUGAUGUGAAAUUGAAGAAGUCAAGCUUUUCACUUCCAAAAUUUGGUUUUUCAAAGCCAGAUAUUAAGGGGCAUGAUGUUGAUUAUGCCAGUCAACCAAAGGCAAAUAUGUCUAUGCAAGAGGGCAACAUACCUUCUAAAGACCAAGAUGCAGAAAUUACCUUCACUGAUGAAAUGAAAAAACAAGAAGAUCCAACUCAUACAAAAUUUAACCUUCCCUCAAUCAACCUCCCAAAGUUUGGAAUCAAAUAUCCAAAGUCCACAUCUGACAUACCAGCAGCUGAAAUAGAUUUCAAAAAACCUGAAAUCAGUUUCUCUGAAACAAUAGAGGUACAAACCACUGACACAGAAACAAACAUUGAUAUUAAGGUGCCUACUGUUAAUGUGGACAUUAAGGUCAAAGAGAUGGACAUUGAUGGGACAGGGAGUAAGUUCAAGCUGCCAAAAUUUGGAAUUGGUAUGCCAAAUGUAAAGGAGAUAGAGAUGGAGGGUAAAGAGAUAAACAAAGAGACCGGCUUGCUAUGUGAAGAAAAAGUUAAUGUACAACAGCCUGAUGUUGCAAUUCAAAAUGUGACCAUUGAGGGGGAAACAGAUAAAGUUGAAGUUGAUUCCAAAGGGCUGAAAGUAAAACUUCCCAAAUUGGGAUUUUCAAAACAAGAUCUUAAGGCUCCUGAAGUUGAUGUGAGUCUAGCCAAACCUGACAUGGGCACAUCACUGGGAAAUGUUGAUUUUUCAGAGCAAUCUGUGGAUAUUAAAUUACCAGAAGAACAACCUGAUUUGAAAAAAGACACUUUUAGCUCUCCAACGAGAUUUAAACUUCCAACAAUCAAUUUCCCCAAAUUUGGAACCAAAACAUCAAAGGACACAGUGGACAUUCCUACGGCAAAUAUGGACAUCGAUGAAGUUAGCCUUCCCGAUAAGACGUUUAACAUGUCAGGAGAAGUAGCAAGUGUUGACAUGAAAGAGCCAACAGAAAAUGUUGAAGAUCCAUCUAUUGAGAUGAACAUUAAAAGCAAAUUUAAGCUUCCAAAAUUUGGUAUUGCUCUCCCAACAACAAAAGGUCCUGACAGUGACCAAGGGCUCAAGAAACCUAUGACAAAAACAGAAGUGAAAAUGUCAGGAGAUAUACCAACUACAGACAAGAAAGAGCUAAAGUUACCCAAAGGAAUAGUGGAAGUGGAUAUGCAAGCCAGUGAAAUGACAACAGACAUUUUACUACAGGGCACUGCAGAAAUGGGAGAAAGUGAGAGAGAUGGCAAAACUGAAAUAACAAGUCCACAAUUUGGCUCUCCAACAAAAUUCAAACUCCCAGAAAUAAAAUUACCCAAAUUUGGAUUUUCCGCUCCGAAGGUCACUAGUGAUGCACCUGAUUCUGACAUCAAGGAAAUUAAAGGUAGUUCAGUGGAUUAUGAGAUAAAGACAUCAAAUGUGGACCAAUCAGAUGACAUCAAAUGCAAAACUGCAGAGAUUGAAACCCCAUCUAUUGAUAUGACCAUAAAAGCAAAAGAGAUUAAUCAAGAGGGACAGGAAACUAAAUUUAAACUUCCAAAAUUUGGGAUUUCAUUACCCAAAGUAAAAGGUCCUGAGGUGAUAGUAACUGCAAAAGAAGUAAAAACAGGAACACCUGAAAUUGGGAUCACUGAACCAGAAAUUAAAAUUGCAGCAGAUGAUGCAAGUCUCCCAAAAGUAGCCAUGGCUUUAGAGGGAAGUUCCAGCCUUGAAAAAACAGAGGUAGAGACAGAGUUGAAAGAUGAUACCAUUGUUGUUUCAGGUUCUCCAAGUAAAUUCAAAAUGCCUGCUUUUAAAAUGCCAAGAUUUGGAAGAACAUCUGAUGCAAAAGGAAAAGAAGCAGAAGUAGAUGUUCCAGACACUAAAACUGAUUUAAAUAUUAAAGACAAGCCUUUACAAGUAGAAGUCUCCAAAGAUAUACACAGAGAGGGUGAAAUUAAAGAAACCACCGAACAGCCUCCAGAGGUUGUUGUAAAAAAAAUGGAGGGUGACAAAGGCUCCCCGAGUAAAUUCAAACUUCCUACUAUGAAAAUGCCAAAGUUUAGCAUUUCAAGAACAAAAUCUCAGGAUGGAGAAGAUGACACAACCAUAAAUGCUAAUGCCCCAGACACUAAAACACAACCAAAAGAUGAUUCACAAGGGCCUGGAAAGUCACCCAGAUUUACAAUGCCUAGACUUGAGGAUGUUCUCAGUGGCUUUGAGGUUGAAUUUAACGUUCCAACAAUAGAGGAAAUAGAAGAACAAAUGGACAAACCAUCUGUCAAGCAAGAACAGGAGGCUGGAGAAAACGUCCUCAACGUCACAGAACACAAGGAACACAAGGACAAAGGAGCACAGGAGAAAUCAAAGUUUAAAUUUAAAUUUCCAAAAUUAGGAUUCAGCCAGUCCUCAGAUGAAAGUGAUAAGUUAGUCGACGCCAAAAUUGAAGAAAGUGAAAAACAUCUGGAGGCUUCAGUGGAUCAGAAAUCAGCUGUUAGCAAAGAACAAGCAAAAACUGAAAAAGGAAGCUGGUUCAAGUUCUCAUUUUCUUCUCCAACUAAAACUACAAAAUCUGACGAGAAGGAACAAAUAAUCCAACCACCUGAACAGGCCGAGAAGUCUGAUGAUGUAGAGAAAGAAUCCAGCAAGGCACACGAGGAACCAGAGAAGAGCUUGUUCAGCGAGGCUGUGGAGGACAACAUCAGCCCAACAUUAUCCCUAAGGUCAUCUGAAGCUUUUGCAGAUAUAAGUUCCACAGUAACUGAACAUGUUGGCCUGUCACAGACCUCUCCUACAAAAGUUAAAGUGAAAUAUGCUGAACCAACUGCCACUAUUGGGGUCAAAGAUGUACAAACUAAUGUUGUAACUUCCACAGCCAGAUGUGAAAUGAUAUCAAUGGAGCCUCACCACCAGCCAGAAAAAGUCAACAUCCCAUUCUCAUCAGAUAUGUCCUCCGCCUCAGUGGACACUCUGAAACAGAUGUCAGGGGAAAUUCAUGUCAUCACAUCGAACAUUCAAGCUAUACCAGACACACAGCAAGCUGCAAUCUUUACUAAUUUAGACGCCCAUGGAAUUCACACCUCACCAUUACAAGUAACACUAGGCUUAGACUCGGUGUUGACAGUAGAGGAAACCAGAGUGCAAAGUGGGAAGCAAACAUUGGUGGAAAAGCAUGUUGUGAAAGAAACAUUACAUGAUGAUAACGAGACAAUAAUUGUGACACAGAGAACACGUGUAUUUGAAGGAGACUCUGCAGAACCCAUUUGUGAUGAUACGGCUUCCUCGAUUCGUAGGCUGAGAGACACGGUACACACUGAAAAAAUGAGGUUUUUUGACAGUGUAGCAACAACUGAAGAGGUCACAAUAGUGAGCUAUGAAACAUCUCUAAGACAUAUGGAUUCCUCUACAGAUGAGAAUGAGGGGAAAUGAACAUGAUAUAUGGCUGAGUUUAUUUUAUGCUUUUGAAUGUAUGUUUCGGUGUUCUCUUAUAUAAUCAUACAAGCCAGCUGAAUUGUAAUGCUAAUUGAGUAAAAUUACACUUACUUAUGAACAUAUCACAGAGUAUUGUUUAGCUAGAGAAGAUUUUAAGCUUAAAAGUCUUAAGACAAAACAACUAUAUCCACUGGAUGAAUUACAGUAUGUAUGUACGAUGAAUAAUAGAAAAAAAAUAUUGUAUUAUAAUUUGAUGUGUGGGUUAUCAGUGCACUUUACUGUAAAACUGUUCUCUUGGGGAAAUUGUUUACAGUGCAAACUCAGUAAUAUUCAAGCAAACAACAUUUAAAUAGAUAUAUUCACAAAUAAAAUUAAUUAUAAAGUUGGUGUGGCUUUUAAAGAAUGUUGACAGUAUCACAUAUUGAGGCAUUUGUUUCUUUGAGGUUAUCUAUUUUGAGAAAACUAUAAAAUUGCAUAUAAAAUCUGUUUCUGCAGCCUUGACAAUAAAUGAAAACAACUAUGUAAAUGUUUUAUUUGUCUAUUCAUUAUCUGUGUUAGCUUAUGACAAAAGCAUUUGAUGGAAUCAAUAGAUUUGCAAAAUAUACUGUACAAUGCACAUUUUCAGAAUACAAUAAUUUUCUCAAUAAGCAAUGACUUUUCAUUUAACAUGAUUUGUCAAAUUAAUCAAAUGAAUGUUGUAAGAGAAACACUUAAACUAGUCACUGCAAAAGAAAUAAAAAAGUGACAAUAUG